GUAACAUUGAACGAGCGUGUGCGUGGGUGGCAUUAAAGACUUUCUGUAUGUUUUCAUGUCAAGCUCACAUGUUAGUUGAAUUUGUUUGUAUUAAAUUUUACGGCUGUAGACUCUCGAUUCAACUUCUUUCUACGUCAUUUUUGAGCAAUUCUCUCGGAUAGAUAAGUAGAAAUGUCAUUACUACGAAUAGUAGGAAAACAAUUUUUUACCGCAUAUCGGGAAGUACUAACGAAAAACAUUCGAUUGCUCUAUUUGUCACCAUUUCAAUUAACUGCGGAAGAAAACCCUGAAGUUAGUGCUGAAGAGAAACAAUCCACAGUACAGGAAAACGAAGGAAAUCGCGUAGAUCACAAAGAUCGGAAUCGUAUUAUCCCGGUUGAGACAAGCAUCCGAUAUUUGAAAAGUGAAGCCUAUCAGCAGACAUACCAAGGAGAACCUGUCUGGAAGCAGUACCGUCGAAAUCACAAAGGUCUUUAUCCUCCUCGAAAGACUCGUAAAACUUGUAUUCGACAAGGAAGAAUUUCUACCGGUAAUCCCUGUCCCAUCUGCCGGGAUGAAUAUUUAGUAUUGGAUCAUAGAAACGUGAACUUAAUCAAGCAAUUUAUUUCGCCUCAGAGUGGCAAAGUUCUUAGUUUUCAAAUCACUGGCCUUUGCCAGAAGAAACAUUUACAGCUUCUAGUAGCCGUCGAACGGGCUAUGAAUUGUGGCCUAAUAACCUACGACGUCCCCUUCCGUAAAUACGAUUAUUCUGAGUACUACCCAGCCGAGAAUCAGUAG